UACAAUGUCUAAUUUAUUAAUAUUCAAUAUUUUAUGUAAGUUAUUGUCUCUUAAAUGGAUGCAUUUAAUGGUGCGUUAGUUGGUUUAGUGGUGAUUGACGCUAGACUUGGUAGGUCGAACCACGGUUCGAUCCCUCUCAACUGCGAUCAGGAGGGAGCUGGAACCACUUGAUGCCAGAACUGAUCCCCGAACCGGAUUAAACCAGUGGUGUUAAAUAAAAAAAAAUGGAUGCAUGAUGGUGAAUUCAAUGGAGUGCGCAGAUUAAGUAGAUAGUGAAGCCAUUGAAUUUAGCAAGAGAGACUAGCUAGGUUGAUAUUCAGCAUCGGAGGAGGAUGUAGAAAUAGUGGAUUGUUUCUUAGAUUUUCAGGAAAUGAGAGCAGGGCCAAGAAAUACACAAUAACCGUUGAUGGGUUUUCAUCUUCGAGUGUCCAAACAACACUCGCAUUUGGAAACCGCAAAACCAAAUAGACAUAGGGAAAUGGAUGCAGGAAACAAUAAACCUUUACCUUGAGAUGCUUUAUGUACCUGGGCUCAUGAGUUGCAGCAUGAAAAUGAGAUCCAAGAGGCUUGGAAACAUGGUGGGUGACUUGUUGAGCGGAGAAAGCAAUGUCAGGCAGUGUAUGAUUGAGGUAGAUAAUGUUUCCAACAGAGUUGGUGCGUUGCAGUGGUAAUCCUCCAAGUAACCAGGUCUUUUAAUAAUUCCAGUGGAAUGCCCUGUGGGAUGAACAAUGGAAAGAGAAGGAACACGUGGGGAAGGCGAAGGUGAGGAUAAAGUAGGUGCAGUAGGAAGGCCAGAAGAAGAGGUAAAAGGGACUGAUGCAACAUGAUCAGUGGUUGGAGCAGCAGGAACACGAGUUAGUUAAAUACAAGAGUGAUAGUAUAUGGCACCACUAUGGAGGGAAGGUUUGGCUCCAGAGCAUGUUAUAGAGCUGGGGGAAUUGGAUCCUGAUCUGAUACCACCAGGGUGGGAAGCUCUGGUGCUAGAGCUUGAAAGGGAGCCAGAGGAAUCCAAUGUAGCAUCAAUCGGGGGGGCAGAUUUGGCUCCACAGCAUGGUAUAGAGCAGGGGGAAUUUGAUCCUGAUGAUCUGAGGGCGUUCUGGCGCUGGCAGAGGCAGAACAUACCAGCCGGAAAUGAGAGACUCAUAAGACGUGCUCAGGCAAGUGGAAGAAUUAUUGGAGUUGAACAAAGUGAUUCUACCCGGAAGUCUUUUAUGGCUUAUGCAACUGAGAGUCUGCGAAAUCUUCCUUCAAAACAACUUAAGACUUACCUAGGGAUAUUCAGUGUCACCCUCUGUGGCCUCACAAAAACCUCUACCAAUCAAUUUGAUCCCUUCAAAGUUAUAAAAUCCAGAUACACCCCUGAGGAAGCAUUUCGUGCCUACUACCCAGAAGUGGUACAUAUGACAAUGUUUAUAAUAAGCUUUAUUAUAAUAUUUAUCAUGGUUUUACCGCUGCGACUCAGAUUCCAAAUAUUGACGGGGAUGCUAUUGACUGUUUCAACGGUCUUUUAUUUGGCCAUGCUGUGGCUAAAUGCUUCAGCUUCAGGAGUUUACGUGGCUUGCGGCAGCUUAUUCAAGCUGCCUCUGAUUUGGUUUGCAACUUUAGAAGCUGUUGGGCUUUCUCUUGCUACGGGGCUUGUGAUAUUGCCAAUUGCUUACUUUGGAUGGAAGUACAUACAUAAAGGGAACCCAAGAGCCGUGGGAGUUAGUUUUGACGGAUUCAUGUCUUUACUUUAGUUUGGGAUGAAGGAGUGACUUUUAGAGUGAGUGAUUUCACCGUGAUUAAUUGCCAUCAUCAUAUAAACUAUAAACUAGUGUGAUACCCGUCCGCACGGAUACCCCGUUCUGACAUGUUUAUUUGGUUCAAUAUUGUAUUUUUUUUAUAGCAAAAACAUAUUUUGAUCA